CCAGCUCCUGCCAGAUGAGAGUAGCUGGCCUGUGCUGAAGCAGAUGAUGAGAGACUACAGUUCUCACGUGCUCCAGCUGUGGGUGGGGCCGUUCCUCCCUCUCUUCAUCUUCUGUCACCCAGAGACAAGCAGGGCCAUUCUCUCCACCUCAGAGCCUAAAGACGAGCUCUUCUAUGGCUUCAUUAAACCAAUGAUAGGUGAUGGCUUGCUGCUAAGCCAUGGCAGUAAGUGGCACAGGAACCGCCGACUGCUGACUCCCGCCUUCCACUUCGAGAUCCUCAAGCCCUACGUCACACUGUUCUCACAGUCCACAAACGUGCUGAUCGACAAAUGGACCAAGCUUGGCUCUGGAUGCUCUGUGGAGAUGUUUGAACACGUCAGCCUGAUGACUCUGGACAGCAUCCUGAAAUGUAGUCUCAGUUACCAUAGCAACUGCCAGACUGACAGCCAGUCCAGCGCGUACAUCCGUGCUGUGUAUGACAUCACGAGGCUGUUUGUCGAGCGUAUUCGCUUUCCGCCGUACUACAGUGACUUCAUCUACUCGCUCAGCCCCAGUGGCCGCAGGUUGCCAAAGCUAGGUUCACAUUUUAACCUGAGCCAAGUGGAGAAGUUUUAUAAGGCCUGUGAUUUGAUUCACAACUUCUCCGAGAACGUCAUCAGGGAGAGAAAGGCACAGCUUGCUGAAGUAAAGAAGUUGGGCUUGCCCAGAAGAGGGAAGGGAAAGUGUCUGGACUUCUUGGACAUCCUCCUAGAAGCUAGGGAUGAGGAUGGCACAGGCCUGACGGACGCGGAGAUCCGAGACGAGGUGGACACGUUCCUGUUCGAGGGUCACGACACCACGGCCAGCGGGAUCUCCUGGGCCUUGUACCACCUGGCCAAACACCCGGAGUACCAGGACAGGUGCAGAGGGGAGGCGGAAGGGCUGCUGCAGGGACGGACAGAGAUGAGCUGGGAGGACAUGAGUAAACUGCCCUUCACCACCAUGUGUAUUAAGGAGAGUCUGAGACUGAGGCCCCCAGUCCCCGGUAUCGGCCGAACCCUCACCCAGACUCUGGCCUUACCAGACGGGAAGAAAAUUCCAGCAGGUUUCCAGGUGCUUACUGGCAUCAUGACUGCCCACAGGAACCCUCUCAUCUGGCCGGACCCGGAGGUGUACGACCCUCUCCGGUUCUCCCCUGAGAACUCCAAGGACAGACACUCCCACGCCUUUAUUCCAUUCUCGGCUGGACCGAGGAACUGUAUCGGCCAGCACUUUGCCAUGAAUGAGAUGAAGGUUGCCGUUGCCCUGAUCCUGCAGAGCUUCCAACUGGAGCCGCACGGACCGCCGCCAUUUUACGAGGAACGUAUCGUCCUUCGUGCCCGAAACGGCAUCUGGCUAAAGUUACAUAAGAGGGAGUAGCACAAAGGAAAGCCAGUACAACCUGCUGUUGAUUUCUACUAUUACCUGGGGGUAUUAAUUGUUUGAUAUCAUUUUACAAUUCUCCAGAGCUAAAUGCAACAAAUUGCGUCUUGAAACUCAAAUUUUAUCAUUCAUAUCUCUAUGGUCUCCAUCAAUGUGUCAUUGGAAAGGUUUAAAAUUAUGAUACUACAUGUAGUACCAUAUUUCUGUAGUACUGUGGAAAUCAUGAAAAUAAAGCCACUGCCAACAUCUUGAGACUUGCAAUACAUACCAGUAGGAGAACUGCUUGUUGUUAUUCCAUAUGCCCUAAAAGAUUGAUAAAUAAAUAUACAGAUAUGUAUAGCCAUUACAUACUAGAAAAUGUGAUGCAAAAAUCAUGUGACGCUUUGUAAAGCAGCCUGGUUACAACGUUGUUAAUGUAACUUGGGAUGGUGAUUUCAUUUCUGCUGGGUUACAAAAUCUUUUCUAUACUAAGUUAUUUGAUUAAAAUUGUGGUCA